AUGUGUGCUGUGUUCACAGUCAUUACUGCAGUUAUGGUUGAGUUUCCAGAACAGCGGGAGCGUGCUCCCAGUGCCCCUGGCUGUGCCUCUCACCCUGCCCUGGCCCCUUGGAGAUGGCGCGGGCUUUCCAAUCCGCCUCCAGUACUUCAGCUCCGUGCAGGCAGAAGAGGGAAGCCAGGGGUGGCUCGGGGCCUCGGCGCGGACUCCCCACCGCCCUCGGGCCGUUCCGGGAAGCCGGCCUUCCGGAGGCGGCGCGGCGGCCACGGCCAUGCCAAGGGCGCGAGGCGCGGGCCAGGCCCAGCGGGCGGCCGCCAGGCGGGGGAGCUAGCGCCGGGCGCGCCUCUCGCGCUAAACGCUUCCAGGCGCCUCGCUGCAGAGAAAAGAAGUGUGUACUCCAACUUCAAAUCUGUGUCCAAGAUCUCACCAGAGGACAUUUGGCACAAUGAAGAGGAGGAGGAAGAGGAAGAGGAAGAAAUGGGGAUCAAGACACUCCUCUCAGUGCCCAGGCAGGAGUCGGUGUGGGGGCUGGUGGCCUGGCCCAGAGCCUCUCUGGAGCAGACUCCUUGGUGGGAAGACCUGAAUUUCUCCCUGCCCCCGCUCCGUGGGCCCUGUGAGUGCAACCUGGGGGCAAAGGUGACCCUCACCCCCCAGCCCUCCCCGGCCUCCAGCUCCACCCUUCAAACCUUGCCCUACUUGUCAUCCAAGUUGGAACUCACUUCUCUGGGGGACCAGCCUCAGAAAGAGCCUUCUCCGUCAGCUUCCCACAAGAAGACCCCCAAGAUCAGGAGGAGGCAUCACCACAAGGCCAGGCGCCAGGCCUCCCCUAAGAAAUCCACUGCCUCACAGGCCCUGCAGCGACAGCUAGCCCCAAUGUCAGUGUGGCCUCCGAUUAGUAUCAAAGCCCCCGCCAAGGGUUCAGCUCUCCAAAGUGGCCAUGCACCCUUUGCCAAAGAGGACUCACACUCCUCAGGUACUGGUGACCACCCCUUGCCCCAGCUUUCUCCCAAAUAAAUAUUUUUGUUAGAUCAGCAA